AUGUCUGAUCCUGCAAAGUUUGCCAUCCCCGUUCCAUCGAAAGAUCCAGCCUCAAAGAAACCGGACCAAACCGACAAGGAGGAGGGGACUUCGAAGUUGGAGGUCAAGAAGGAUGAAGAGAAGGAUGGCGAUGAACUGUCUGAAGAAGACCUUCAGCUUCGCUCAGAGCUUGAGAUGCUUGUCGAACGAUUAAAGGAAUCUGAUACGGAGCUUUAUCGACCUGCACUCGAGUCUCUUCGAACCCUAAUCCGCACAUCUACUUCCUCUAUGACAUCUGUACCAAAACCGCUGAAAUUUCUCCGACCACAUUUCCCAGACCUUCAAACGCUGUAUGAGACUUGGCCAGCCUCAGAAAACAAGAGCCAAUUCGCAGAUAUUCUCUCAGUACUUGCCAUGACUUAUUCCGACACGCAACCCCGAGGAACACUGAAAUAUCGACUCCUGUCCGCGUCUCUCAAGCCGGUAAAUGCACCUUUGGUCGAUCCUGGUACCUGGGGCCACGAAUAUGUUCGUCACCUCGCUGCUGAGCUCGGUGAAGAAUUUGAGCACCGCGAGGAACAAGAGGGUGGUACAUCCACGGAAUCGGAAACCUCGAAAGUUGAGGUUCCGGGAACGAUUGAGGAUCUGCGCUCACUUGCCAAAGAGUGCUCCUUGUUCUUGCUCAGUCAUAACGCGGAACCCGAUGCUGUGGAUUUGUUGCAAGAAUUAGAGAUGAUAGAGAGCAUUGUGACUUUGGUGGAUGAGAACACAUUCGACCGAGUUUGCCAAUAUAUGACGCGUUGUGUCAGCUUUCUGCCUCCACCAGACGACAUUGCCUUCCUUCAAACGGUUCACAAAAUAUAUACGCAAUUCCAGAAGUUCCCUGAAGCUAUCACCCUUGCCAUUCGUCUGGGAGAUCGAGAUAUGGUACGAGACGAUUUCAACGCGGCUGGUAACCCUGUCAUGAAGCGUCAACUCGCGUUUAUCCUUGCUCGCGCCCAGAUACCUAUUGAGUGGCUGCAAGCAGACAGCGCGGAUGGUGAAGAGGAAGAGGAAUUUUCUUCCGACCUUUUGGAAUGCCUCAGUAAUACUCGUCUCAGUACAUCGUUCCGUGAAUUUGGAAAAGAAAUGGGUGUAGAGGAGGCCAAGAGUCUUGAGGAUGUAUACAAGACGCAUUUAGAAAAUACCCGUGCAUCAACAUCCAACGUUGACUCUGCUCGUGGCAAUCUUGCUGGAACCUUCGUCAAUGCGUUCGUGAAUGCUGGAUUUGGGAACGACAAACUGAUGGUCGAUGUUGAGGCAGGAAGUAGCUGGAUCUACAAAAACAAGGAUCAUGGUAUGAUGAGUGCCGCUGCAUCGCUUGGCCUGAGUCUGCUUUGGGACACCGAUAUGGGUCUUACGCAUAUCGAUAAGUACACUUACUCAGCGGAGGAAUAUAUCAAGGCAGGUUGCUAUCUCGCCAUCGGUAUUUCUAACGCGAGUAUUCGCACUGAAACCGACGCAGCUCUCGCGCUUUUAGCUGAACACGUAGAGAACAAGUCUGUCCCUCUCCGGACGGGUGCCAUCAUGGGUCUCGGAAUGGCUUACGCCGGAUCCCAACGGGAGGAAGUCAUGGCGACUCUUCUUCCAUUAAUCGUGGAUGAAGACGUUUCAAUGGAAAUCUGCAGCUUGGCUGCUCUCGCUCUUGGUUUUGUCUUUGUGGGUAGCGAGAACGGCGAAAUCACAGGAACGAUUCUGCAGGUGUUAAUGGAGAAAGCCGAGCGAGGAGACAAAGAGCUCGAAGGAAAGUGGGCGCGAUUCCUAUCUUUAGGUUUAGGUUUACUAUACUUGGGUCAACAAAAUGGUAGCGAUGCCACGUUAGAAACACUCAAAGCCAUUGAGAAGCCCAUUUCUAAGACAGCACAGGUCAUUGUUGAAGGAUGCGCGUUUGCGGGAACCACUAACGUCCUAAGGGUUCAGAAGAUGCUUCAUGAAUGUGAUGAGCAUAUUGUGCCCCCGAAGGAGGACGAAAAGAAAGAGGGUGAUAAAGAGAAGAAAGAGGGUGAUGAGAAAAAAGAUGGCGAAGAGAAGAAAGAAGAACCGUCCAAGCAGGAUGACGCCUUCCAAACCUUUGCUGUCAUCGCUAUUGCUUUAAUCUCAAUGGGAGAGGAAAUCGGCUCCCAGAUGUCUAUGAGACAAUUUAACCAUCUUAUGCAUUAUGGUGAACCCAACAUACGGAAAGCAGUACCUCUUGCCAUCGGCCUUGUUAAUGCUUCAAAUCCCCAACUACCAAUCCUAGAAACACUUUCGAAGUACAGUCACGACAAUGAUCUUACUGUCGCCCUCAACGCGAUCUUCGCCAUGGGUCUGGUCGGUGCCGGGUCAAACAAUGCGCGGUUAGCCCAGAUGCUUCGACAACUUGCCGGGUACUAUCAUAAGGAAGCUGAUUGUCUGUUCAUGGUGCGGAUAGCACAGGGACUAGUACACAUGGGCAAGGGCACCGUUGGCGUUAACCCUUUCUUCUCAGACCGUAGUAUCAUGCAUAAGCCUGCCGUCGCCGGACUGUUGGCUGUUCUCACCGCGUUCACAGAUGCGAAAGGAUUUAUUCUGGACAAGCAGCAUUGGAUGCUAUACUUCCUAGUGAAUGCAAUGUAUCCUCGAUUCAUGAUCACUCUUGAUGAAGAGCUCAACAAUGUACCUGUGGCUGUUCGUGUUGGUCAGGCGGUUGAUGUUGUGGGGCAAGCAGGAAAGCCACGGACGAUAUCUGGCUUCCAGACACAUACAACACCGGUGCGACUUGGGACCACAGAACGAGCGGAGUUAGCAACAGAGGAGUUCAUCCCGUAUGCUGCUGUCCUCGAAGGCUUCGUCAUUCUCAAAAAGAACCCUGGAUGGGAGAGCGAAGACAGCAGAAUGCAGCUGUGA